AAAAGGUUAACGGAAAUAGGAAGACUUGGGGGAGAAAGCAAAAUGAGGGCUCGGUGGCUACCGCUCACGGUCCUUUUCCUAUGGGCCGUCUCUCUUCAUUCAACGUCUGCUGAUAAUGGCGUGAAAAGGAUGAAAAUGCAGUAUGCCACAGGGCCACUGCUCAAAUUCCAAAUUUGUAUUUCCUGAGGGUACAAGCGGGUGUUUGAGGAGUACACGCAGGCCUUGUACCAGCGUUACCCAGACAUCCGCAUCGAGGGAGAAAAUUAUCUUCCUCACCCCAUUUACCGACACGUUGCUUCCUUUCUUUCUGUGUUCAAACUAGCCCUGAUUGGACUGAUCAUCGUAGGAAAAGACCCAUUUACCCCCUUUGGUGUGGAAACUCCAGGGGUGUGGACUUGGGGUCAAGAGAACAAGAUUUAUGCCUGCAUGAUGGUGUUCUUCUUCAGCAAUAUGAUUGAGAAUCAGCUUAUGUCAACAGGUGCAUUUGAAAUCUCGCUGAAUGACGUGCCAGUUUGGUCUAAACUGGAGUCAGGUCACCUGCCCUCCAUGCAGCAGCUAGUGCAGAUUCUGGAGAAUGAGCUGAAGAUGAACGUUCACAUGGACACACUUCCACACGCUCGCUCCUAACCCAGUCUCUGCCCUGUCAUAUGGAGCCUGGGAGCCAAACAUGUUUUAGGUGGGCAUCUCUUAAGGCUGUGGGACCUUUUUUAUGAAGGUUUGUGCUGAAAGCAGAAUCUUUGCUAGCACAGGCCGGAUGUCCUGAUCGGUUCUCACCAUGCCCCUGGAGAUGCUGGUCCUAUCGAUGUGCUGGAAUCCCUUGCAAACUUUGUGGCUGUUUUACUACUGGAGAUGAUUCUUCCCUGUGCAACUAGUUGUAUAGAUACACAUUUCUCAACACAAAACCUGAAGUACACAGUUCUGUUUGACUUCUUUUUUUCUUUUUCUUUUUCCUCUAUGAAACACCAUUGUUGUCGGAUGCCAUAACUUAACAAGACAUUGUUUUAGAUGAGGUUCAGAUCUUUAAAUCAGAUAAUACUGUGUACAUCUAUGGCUAUCAGAGACUUGAACAAAUGCUAACCCCAGGUGUAUCCUCAGAACAUGAUUCUUUUAUAAUUUAAUAGCUAAUUUAUUCACUUAAUUCAGUCAGAAAGAGCUUAACAAUUUAGUAAAUGUUUUAAUUUCUGAGCCAUUGUAAUUUUUAUAUUUCUUUGUAUAGCAGAAUGUGAGGGCUACAACAAUAAAAUUGAUUCUAACCA